CGAAAUCAUUGUUGAAGAAUGAAGAUAAAUCGCGAGGACGUUCACAAUGGCAUGAGUAAAAUUAACAAGGACGGCAGUGUGUCAAAGAGCUUCUUCAUGGAAAAGUAUUUUUUCCCAUCGCUGGAAUGCUCGAUUCAGUGAAGGAGCGAACAUAGACUCCAACCCGACAGGUUGGGUCCUCACUGUAAUGCCACGUGGCAAAUUAUACGGCCACAGUCAAAGGGAACGGAAUGGGAGUUCGGAUCUUAUCAUCUGAACUCGGUGAAAGGGAGUGACUCGGCGGACCUUGCGGCCACAUGAGCCAACCACUGAACCUUGCUUCUGUGUCACAUCGUCAUUGCAGGCACAUUCCCAAUUCUACUGAAAAUUAAAUCUAAUCUAAGCGGAGACAAGAUGGAUUACAGUUACUGGGUAACGGACUAAUAGUCGAUUUCAUAUCUUCCAGUUUAUUCUGGGCGGUGACCUGAGCAAAUCUCUUCCAAGUUCCAAAAGCAAACCAUCUCUCUGUCGGAGGUUGCUAGGAACCAUGAGCAUGGCUAAGGUUGGGACAGGGACAAGUAGGCAAUUGAGUGUUUUGGUAUUUACCCCUGGCAUGAGACUAUGUUGAUGUAUCAGUUGUGCAGGAAUCCUGAGGGUAAACAAAACUCUGUUGAAUCAUACAAUGGCCAAUAACAGUGGAGAACAGCCGUUGCUUGUGGGAUUAUUAGAUCCUCCUUCUCAACUAAGUCAAAAGAAUGCCACUAAGAAAAGGAGGUUCCGCCGCUGUAAAAGUGCUCCCACUGCAGAAAUUGCUCUCCGAUUGAAAGAUGGUGGAGGCUUGCUUCCACGUUCUGAAUCCAUCUUUGGGAAAUUCCAUCCUAGUUUUGUACAGGUGGUUUUGUUCUUGACUCUCUACCUGGGUGUAGGCACCAUAUGCUUCGCCCUUGUUAAUAAACCUAUCAAAGGCAAGAAAACAAAUGAGAUUCUCGAUGCUGUGUAUUUCUGUGUUGUUACAAUGACUACUGUUGGAUAUGGAGACCUUGUGCCUGAUAGCACCCCCACAAAACUACUUGCUUGUGCUUUUGUUUUUAUGGGAAUGGCUCUUGUUGGGCUAAUUCUUAGUAAUGCAGCGGACUAUCUUGUAGAAAAACAGGAAGUGCUAUUAGUUAAAGCUUUACACAUGUAUCAAAUUGGAACUAUUGAUAUUCUCAAGGAAGUUGAGACCAAAAGAGUGAAAUACAAGUUUCUUGUGAUCUUAAUCCUCCUUUUGCUGCUAAUAAUGGUUGGGACAAUCUUUUUAAAUAAAGUUGAGAAUUUAGAUCUUGUUGAUGCCUUCUACUGUGUGUGUUCCACUAUAACGACUUUAGGAUAUGGGGAUAAAAGCUUCUCAACUGAGAUGGGCCGUAUUUUUGCUGUGUUUUGGAUAUUGACCAGUACUAUCUGUCUAGCUCAGUUUUUCCUCUACUUUGCUGAGCUCAACACCGAGCACAGACAGCACUUGCUUGUUAAGUGGGUUCUCACCAGGAGGAUGACGUCUGUAGAUCUUGAGGCAGCAGAUCUUGAUGAUGAUGGUGUUGUUGGUGCUGCUGAAUUUAUCAUAUACAAACUCAAAGAGAUGGGAAAGAUUAGCCAAGAGGAUGUCGCACUUCUAAUGGAGGAGUUUGAAAAUCUUGAUGUUGAUCAGUCAGGAACAUUGUCAGCAUCCGACUUAUUGCUUUCCCAAUCAUCCCAAGAAGAGAACUGACACUCUGUUCUUUUUCCCUUUGCAUUUUUCCAUCGUGAAAGAGCUCCUUGAGAAUGAAAAUAGCAUUUUGCAUGGUGAAGGCAAAUAUUUAUGUCGCUUGAUGUACAGACCACCUGGAACUUUAGGUAACAUGAACUCCUCAGACAACAAGAAAGAAACUAAAGUCGCUGAUAAUGCUUCAAUCUCAAAAUUUACU